UUGAAAAAAUAAUUUUCUACGAAAUAUGCAUAUCGUAUUCUGGCAGAAGGGCAAUAGCGACUUUCGGGUAAGUCGAAAUUAAACCUUUAGCGCAGAGCCAAAGACGAUGAUUCAUCCGUAUUCUAUGAAUUCAAGAUACUACUUGGCUCUCAACUAAAAACGAACAAUGCGGUGAAAACGCCUAGGAUUAUUUUGAAUGAUUUUGGAAAGUGGAAAAAGAAAUCGAUUUGUUAAUUGAUCAAGUAUAAAUUGGAAUAAAAUUGUUUUUGUUAAUUUGAAAUGAAAAUUGUCGAUAUAAUUAGAAUUAUUUCGAUGAACUUUCGAUCUUUUCGUAAAUUGUUGCUUGAACAUUGAACGGUGAGCCGUAGAGAGGGGAAAGCGUUGAGUUGACUGGUGGGGAUAACGGGAGGGCGCCAGAGUUCUCUCUCUUUCUCACUCACUCACUCACUCACUCUCUGUCUCUUUCUUACACAUUCACUCUCCGUCUCUUUCUUACACAUUCACUCUUUCCCCCUUGGACGGGCAGGAAGGUGAUCUCGUCGUUCUCGUAGGCGUAGCGUCAAAUCGAUACGCACGUAGUUUGUUGUUUCCUUCGUAGCGCGAAAAUGUCAGCGAGUCGAUCGCUUUUUACGGAGAAACGAAGAAUAAGCCAAAGUAUGCUGACAUCGUUGUAUCAUCGUGUUACGAUAUAAAAACUUGGAAGUUUUGCUCGUAGCUGUUAACAAAGGGAGAAAAGGGCUUUUUAUCUCUUUCCCUCUCUUUCUCUCUCUCUCUCUCUCUUUCCCCCUCUCUCUCUCUCUCUCUCUCUUUCUCUCUCUCUCUCUCUCUCUCUCUCUCUCUCUGUUUCUCUCUCCCCUUCUCGCAUUCGUAUAUAUCAUCCGUAUAUUAUCAGCAUUCUACCUACCCUUUCAUAAAUUAAUUCCCGAAAGAGACAAGGUGUAAAAAAGAAUGAAGUGAAAGAAGGAUAGUGUUAAGACAAGUGUUUAAACAAGAAAAGAUUGUAGAAAACGACGACGACGACGUACAAAAGAAAAAAAAAAAAAAGAAAAGAAAAGAAAAAUUGUUCAAACGAAAGGAAAGAAAAAACCGAGUUUAAAAACGAAAAAGAGAAGAAUGCAAGAGAAUUCUUAACUCGAUUAGUAGAAAAGUUUUUGUCCUUGCACAACAGGGAUGCCUUGAGGUAGGACAAUGAUCGGACGGAGAACGACCUUCGAAAUAUCAAUAAGGGACUUUCUUUCACGUAACAAUGUAACGUAAUUUUUCGAUAGAUUAAAAUAUAAUAUUCGUGUUACUUAUUUCAUCGAAUUAUCGUUUCGUAUUCCUUUCCUUUCUUACCUUCUUUCUUUUUUUUUUUCCCCCUUUUUUUUCUGGUCUUCUUUGUUCUUUUAUCGUUACAAUCGAAUUCGACGAAGAUAUAUAAAAGUGCGAGUGUAAAUUAUUACAAGAUACAAUGACCGAUAUCGUAGAAUUGUAAUUAGAAAUAAGGGUGGGUAAAAUCAUGUUCGGUCCAUUAGGUGAUUAAAAAGAAGAACAUUCACGUUGGAGUUAAGUUUUAUUGUCGAUCGAUAAAAAGGAGUGUGUGUGUGUGAAGGAUCAAAGUGUGUUAUACGAAGACAGUGGAAUUGAUCAACGAUAGAGUCAUACGCGCUUCUGUUUUGUGACAGAAAGAGAGAGAGAGAGAGAGAGAGAGAGAGAGAGGUAGUGUCCAAAAGGAAGAAGACAAAAGAGAGAGAGAGAGAGAGAGAGAAAGAGAACGAGAAAGAGAAGAAAAUAGUUACGUGUCGGUGCCGGUUUCCGCGAAGACGACUUUUUAUUAACCAGAUGAGUUGUGGCAGUAAUGCCCCCAUCGGAGGAGGAAAGCCAGUGGCUCGUUGGCAGCGGGGGUGGUGUAACGUCCUCCAGUGGUGGUGCGACGAUAACCGGAACUGGAGAUCGUUCCUUGAAUAUUAGGGGUGGCCUUUACACCGAAGAAAUGACGACACAAACAGCUAAUUCGGCCAAUGCCACCGCUAACGCCCCCUCGGCCGAUUCCGCCGAGCAUGAUUUGAUCGACUCAACGGCAGAUGCUACGCUCCUCGCACAAUUUCAUGAGGAUGCAAUAAAGCAGGCUGGCGUUGGUUACUUCCAAUUAUUAGCAACAUUGUGUACAGGUCUAAGUUUAGCUGCUGAUACUGUUGAAUUUUUUGUUGUCCCAUAUAUAUUACCAAGUGCUGAAGUUGAACUAUGUAUUGAAGAUAAUGAAAAAGGAUGGCUUGCCAAUAUUACUCUCAUGGGUCUUGCACUGGGAGGAUUAUUUUGGGGAGGUCUUGGAGACAGAAUCGGAAGGCAUAGAUCAUUAUUAUCAGCCAUGUCGGUACAUGCUUUAUUUAGUGGUGUAGCUACAUUUAUGCCAACAUAUGGUACUUUUAUGACAGCAAGAUUCUGUUCAGCAAUUGGAGUGGGAGGAUCUGUUCCUUUAGCAUUUGCAUAUCUCGCAGAGUGUUGUCCAAGAUUGAGCAGAGGUCGAUGGACCGGCAUACUUGUAGCAACAGGAGCAUUAGGUGGCGUGUAUGCGGCUCUCUUAGCAUGGACAAUUGUACCAACAACUGGAGAGAUGGUUGUCCUGGAAAACAAGGAACACUUUAGUGCCUGGCAUCGUUUUCUAUUAUUAUGUUGUUUACCUGCUUUAUGUUCUACUAUUGGACUCAUCUUUCUACCAGAAAGUCCAAGAUAUCUUGUUGAGGCAGGAAGAGAUGUUGAAGCUAUGAUGGUUUAUCAGAGAAUAUAUAAAAAGAAUAAUGCACGAAAAGGGGCUGCAGGUGCACAGUACCAACUCUCUGAAUUAGAACUUCCAACUAAACGGCCACGUGGUUUGGCACCUCCAUCACCUAGUACUCAUACUAGCGUUUUGGCAGAUAUAAUGUACUCAGUUGAAAUGUUUUGGAGUUCCUUUCUGGAAUUAUUUGCAGCACCACAUUUACGUGUAACUUUAGUGCUUUUACUUAUUUGGUCAACUGCAUCAUUUGGUUUAUAUGGUCUUAUGGUAUGGUGUCCAGAAUAUCUUAAACUUAUAAGAGCUACAGAGUAUGAAGCUCAUACUGUACAAUUUGUUGGGAAAGAUUAUAAUAAUGAAAUAUUUAGUGGUUCUAUGGAAAAUUGCCAAUAUAAAGAUUCAACAUUUUCAUAUUGCAAGUUUACAAAAAUAGUACUCAGUCAUGUUGACUUUGACAAUUGUACUUUCCAGUUUGUAGAAUUUAGCAGUAUAAAAUCUAGUAAAACUCAUUUUACAGACAGUAUUAUUGUGCAUUCAAAAUUUAUAGAUACAGAUCUGUCAUCCCAAGCUUUCACAAGAUGUGAAUUACGUAACAAUACAAAGCUGAGUCUUAGUGGUCCAUGUCCAACUCUUGAUCUUGAUUAUAAUAUUUAUAUUGAAGAAGCAUUACAUGGUCAUCUAGUUGCGCAAUUGGCUUUUAUACCUGCAGCUACAUUAGCAGGACUUGCACUUACAGUUUUACAACGACCAAAAAUGAUAGGGAUCUCUUUAUUUUUCUCUUCUGUUGCGGCACUCUGCCUAAUAUUAGUUGGUACAAAUAGUUCUGCAGUUUUAGGAUUUGAAGGAGGAUUUAUAGCUGUUUUUACAAUUGCCUGGACAUCACUUAUUUUGGUUACAAUUGAGAGCUUUCCUACACAUUUAAGAUGCACUGGCUUUGGCUUUAUUGCAGCCGUCAUAAGAAUAUCGGGUCUCAUAGGGACUAUAACUUAUCAAACAUUAAUUGGUGCACCUUUAGUUGCACCAGCAUUGCUUACUGCUUCGACAUUGCUCAUAGCUAGUAUUACAACUUUGGAUUUGCCUCACACUCAUUCGGUAUUUUUAUAAAUACCACACAGUUAAAUACAACAUGAAAGAUAGAAUGAUAUAGUAAUGAAAACAUGGAGAAAAUAAUUUGAGCAUAGUGUGGAACAUUGAAAAGCACUUUGUAAAAAAUUUGUUUUUACAAAGUCCAUUAUAUGGUAAGAAAUAGAUAUUUCUUUCUUUGUAAUCCAGAUUUCGUACAAAGUGACAUAUCUUAAAGCUAUAACGAAGUGUGUGUAUGUUGUAUAUGCAAAUAUUUGAAGAACUAAAGCGCACAGAGAAUUAAUGGAAAUUUUUGAACGGUAGUGAAAAGACUUUCUGUGAAGUAAAGUGUGUGUGUACCGUAUGUAUGUGCAUUGAAGAGAUCAAUGAAACUUUCUAUGUUGGAAAGUGUAAAGAAGAGAGAAGUUUAAAUACAGAAAAGUUAUAAAUCCAAGUGACGUAAGGAAAUUAUCAUAAAGAGUUGGAAGUUAAUAACAGUCCUUAAGAAAAUACUAAGGUAAAGUUUCAAUAGCUCAAUGAUGUAUAAAAUUAUGCUAUUUACAGGCAUAUAUUGACAGGAGUGUUCUAUUAAGGGAUUCUUUGCGAAAUGUGUCAAUUCUAAUGAAUACAAUUAAUUGAGCAUUAAAACAUAACACUUCACCGAGUUAGAAGAGAAAAAAAGAGAAAUAAUGAAUCACUAAAUACUGAAUAUUACGAUAUAUUAUGAAAUAUAUUUGAAUGCAAAUAAGAUGCAUGAGGAAUGUUUAAUUUCACUAGUCAAACAAACAAAAUUGUACAAUAUUGGAAAUUCUGCAGUGUUUUAUUCUGCAGCGAAGCAUAUAAAUGAAAAGACAAAUUCUAACAUUUGCAUGAGAUUUUUUUCAUAUUUGUCAUAUGAAACGUGGAUAGAUAUGAUUUUUUUUUUUUUCUUUUUUUUUUCUUUUUUUUUUUUUUUUUGAAAACUGUUAUUUCUAGUAUGCCAAAAGAGUUGUAUGAUGGAAGAUUAUUAUUGAACAGAAGUUUACAUACAGCAAAGUUCUCCAUGAAAAAUAUAAAGUGUAUAUCCAGUACUUCCGCUUCAUACCGAUUACUAGUUCAUAGUAGCUAUGUAAGCAAAAGAUUAGUAAAAAGUAAUCAAGAGGCAUUAUCAAUAUAAUAUAAACGCUGCCGCAUAAAUCUUAAAUUUUUAGCUAAAGAUUUCAGUCAUCAGCAUUGUUAGUAUAAAUUCAAGAGAUUAUUGCCUCUAGUCAAUUUAAUCUUUAUUAAAAGCAAUGAUGUGUUAAAUAAUGAAAUGUCUCUAAUUGUCCAAUAUAGAUGCACAUGUAAUAGAAUGUUCUUUUUUUUUUCGGAAUAUAUAUAAAUUAUAUAUCAACAAAUACUCUAUAAUAGAGUCAUGAUAAUUACUUUUAUAGUUAUUUGUAUUUUGCAAUCUCUAUAAUCAAUUGGUAUGAAAUAUAACAAAGACAUACGAAAAAAAAUAAGGUUCCUUGGAAACAGUACACAUUAUUUCUAGGCUAUAAGAAUAUCAGCCUGUCAAGAACAAAAUAAUAAUACUCUAUUAGGUGUGAGGACUUAAAAUAUUUCAUCGAGUAUUCGGAGAAAUUUAUUGAGACAAAGAAAACUAGACAUUUACGUCCCAUCAUGGUUAGUGAAUUUUUUCAUAUCAAAUUGUUGUCUUGUAAUUUAUGCGAGAUUAUUAUACUGGACCUGGUUUUUCAAAUGGUAUUGUCAUGAUAUGGAAAUAAAUAUUUAAUAAGAUAAAUAUUUAAACAUUCCAUUUUACUCUUGGAAUAUUAUUUUCAAAAUCAUAUUCUUUUAGUCAUGAAAUUCAUUUCUAUUUACAUAUAUUACCAUUCUGAACCUGGUCGUGAAGCUUGUGCUGUGUAUAUGAAUAUAAUUAAAACAUUUAAUAUUAGCACAAGUAUAGAAUAUAAAAAUAAAAUACAGAAUUCCUUUUAAUUGGCACAUGCAGUUUCAUACAAUUAAAUCGAUGCUAUAUCAUUGAAAUUUAUCAUUGCCUAUAGAAUAAUAUACUUUUAUUAACAUAUCAUACUUAUGUGCUAGCACUAUAGAUGAAUAGAUUUUCAAUUAGGCUGCAAAUCAGAAUACAUAGAAAUACAUAUCAGUAAUUGCAUGGGAUAAAUUUUGGAAUUUAUAACGAUCUUCAAAUUUACUGGUAUGAUAUUUCUUAAAUUUACAUUUUAGAUAUUUUUUUUAGUAAGAUGGAUUAGUUAGUAAUACAUAUAUAUUCUUUUUUUACACAGUCAGAUUAUCAACCGGUCGAUAUGUUGUAUCAGUUAAUAUUUAUUAAAUAUUUUAAUUUGUUAAAAAGAUUAAAUAAUUUGUUAAUAUUAACAGCAAAUAAAUAAGAGAAAGAGCCAUAAAUUGUACAAAUCAUAGCAAAUAACAUAUUAUUUACAUUGCUAUGUGCAAUAAUAGGUUUAUGUUGAAAAUAUUCAUACUCUGUUAUUCUAAUCAUAAUAACUCAUAUAAAUGCAUUUACGUCGAUAAUUGUCAUAUACCUAUUUAAAAUAGACUGAAAAAUCAGGAUCAGUUGAUAAUCACUGUGCGUUGCGAAGAGACUGUACUUUCAAGUUUAUAAUAGUUAAUAAAUAUAAAUUAAGACUUUGCGUACAUAUCUAAAUAAUAAUAGCAGUGUAAGUAGACCAAAAAUGCUGGUUUUAAAAAUUUUAUCUUGCUUGCAUUAUCUGUUGAAUAAUAUUUAGAAGCAUUUUAAGAUAUUCAUUUAUUGCAUAAGGAUUAUCAUAUUUAAUUGCAAUACAUUAAUCGAAUGAUAGAAUUCAUAACAUUUGUUCUAUUGCAACGAGAUUAGUAGAUUAUUGAUAAAAAAAUUUUCCAAUGUUAACGAAAAAUUUUGUAAAUAACAACGCAAUCAAAUUUUUAAAUUCGAUUAAUUAAAGAUGCAUUGUAAUAGCAAAUGCAAGUAUAUUCGGCGGAUCAUCCAAUCAGUAUUUAAUCAAAUUAAGAAUUUAUUUGUUUAAUAAUUAUUAAUUAUCUAUUAUGUUAAAAAUACGUUAUUAAUUAAUUUUAUAUGGUUUUAAUGAAAAUGAUAAUAUGCGUUGUUAAUUAACAUUUUAUACACGUUGCUUCUACGAAAGUGUAAAUUUCGAUAUUGUAAUCUUUUGGUCAUAUUUAUAACGAGCUCUCAAAUUAUACUCAUGUAUUUCUUUUAACAAUUAAACUAUCAUCGAUUAAAUUUUCAAAUAAUUAUAUUCUUGCGAAAAAUGUAGAAUUUACAUACCUAUAUAAACGUAAAUAGUCAGCUUAUAUUUCUACAACCAAGUAAUUUCUCUCAAAUGAAAAAAAAAAUGUAGUCAAUAAGAUUAAUCUUUUUGCAGAAAUCAGCGUAAAUUAUUAUAAAAAAAUUGAAUGUAAUGGAGUUAAAAUGAAAUGAAACUGAUCGUC